AUGGCUGCACCGCGCGCUGCGUCCCCGCGCCGCCCGCCCGCGCCGCGCUGGCACUGGCUCCUGCUGCUGCUGCUGCCGCCGCUGCUGCUGCUGCUGCCCGUGCCGAGCGAGGGUCUCAGCCACUCUGCCGAACUGGCAUUUGCCAUGGAGCCAAGUGAUGCUGUGGCGGUCCCUGGGCAGCCUGUGGUGCUGGGCUGCAGGGUGGAGGGGACUCCCCCAGUGCGAGUCACCUGGAGGAAGAAUGGGGUGGAGCUGCCAGAGAGCGUCCACUCCACCUUGCUGGCCAAUGGGUCCUUGCUAAUCCGUCACUUCCGGCUGGAGCGAGGAGGUGGCCCCUCAGACGAGGGUGGCUAUGAGUGCGUGGCUCAGAACCAUCUGGGGCUGGUGGUCAGCCGCAAGGCACGCAUCCAAGCUGCAACCAUGUCGGACUUCCGCGUGCACCCCCAGGCCACCGUGGGAGAGGAAGGCGGCGUGGCCCGCUUCCAGUGCCAAAUCCACGGGCUUCCCAAACCCCUGAUCACGUGGGAGAAGGACAGAGUCCCCAUCGACACGGACAACGAGAGGUACACCUUGCUGCCCAAAGGGGUCCUGCAGAUCACAGGACUGCGGGCUGAGGACAGCGGCGUCUUCCACUGUGUGGCCUCCAACAUUGCCGGUGUCCGGGUCAGCCACGGGGCCAGGCUCACCGUGUCAGGCUCGGGCUCCGGGGCCUACAAGGAGCCGACGAUCCUCGUGGGGCCUGAGAACCUCACCCUGACCGUGCACCAGACCGCGGUGCUGGAGUGCGUCGCCACGGGCAACCCGCGCCCCAUUGUGUCCUGGAGCCGCCUGGAUGGCCGCCCCAUCGGCGUGGAAGGCAUCCAGGUGUUGGGCACAGGAAACCUCAUCAUCUCAGACGUGAGUGUCCAGCACGCGGGCGUCUACGUCUGUGCGGCCAACAGGCCCGGCACCCGGGUGAGGAGAACAGCGCAAGGCCGGCUGGUAGUGCAAGCCCCAGCGGAGUUUGUGCAGCAUCCACAGUCCAUCUCCAGGCCGGCCGGGACCACGGCCAUGUUCACGUGCCAGGCCCAGGGGGAGCCCCCCCCUCACGUCACCUGGUUGAAGAACGGACAGGUGCUGGGGCCAGGAGGACACGUCCGGCUCAAGAAUAAUAACAGCACCCUGACUAUCUCUGGAGUCGGGCCUGAAGAUGAGGCCAUCUACCAGUGCGUGGCCGAGAACAGCGCGGGUUCCUCACAGGCCAGCGCCCGGCUGACUGUGCUGUGGGCCGAGGGGCUGCCUGGGCCUCCCCGCAACGUGCAGGCGGCCUCCGUGUCGUCCACUGAGGUCCGUGUGUCCUGGAGCGAGCCCCUGGCCAACACCAAGGACAUCAUCGGCUAUGUCCUGCACAUCAGAAAGGCUGCCGACCCACCGGAGCUGGAGUACCAGGAAGCAGUCAGCAAGAGCACCCUGCAGCACGUGGUCAGCGACCUGGAGCCCUCCACAGCCUACAGCUUCUACAUCAAGGCCUACACGCCCAGGGGGGCCAGCUUGGCCUCCAUCCCCGCCAUGGCCAGCACCCGGGGUGAAGCCCCCACCUCACCCCUGCUGUCGGUGCGGGUCCUGGGCGGCACCUCCCUGCAGCUGCUGUGGGAGCCCCGGCCCCGGCUGGCCCAACGUGAGGGCGGCUUCAAGCUGUUUUACCGCCCAGCGAGCAAGGCCUCGUUCACCGGCCCCGUGCUACUGCCCGGAACUGUCUCCUCCUACAACCUCAGCCAGCUCGACCCCUCCGUGGUGUACGAGGUGAAGCUGCUUGCCUAUAAUGAGCAUGGGGACAGCAACGCCACCAUCCGCCUCGUGUCCCUGAGGGGCGCGACUGAGAGGGCCAUCCUGAGCCCACCCUGCGACUGCCGGAAGGAGGAAGCUGCCAACCAGACAUCCACAGCCGGCAUCGUGGUCGGCAUCCACAUCGGGGUCACCUGCAUCAUCUUCUGCGUCCUCUUCCUCCUGUUCGGCCAAAGGGGCAGAGUGCUCUUGUGUAAGGACGUGGAAAACCAGCUCUCCCCUCCUCAGGGCCCCCGGAGCCACAGGGACCCCAGCAUCCUGGCCCUGAAUGGGAUGGGGCCAGGAGAGCAGGAGGAGAAACGCGGCGUGGGCAGCAUGGACGUGAAGGAGCUGGAGCAGCUGUUCCCCUUGGCGGGGGCGGCAGAGCAACCCAAACCCAGGCCCACAGAUCCUGCAGGUCCCGCUCCGUGCGAACAGACCCAGUGCUCCGUGCUGCCACUGCAGGGCUUCAGCCUUCUGGAGGGGAGGACCCCAGAGGCCAAGGCCAAGGGCCCCUGUGCAGUCCCCGGCCUGGUCAGCGAGGCACCAGCUGCACAGUCCGCUCGCGUGGGCCAGUAG